AUGCAUGCGGGAUGUUACAUCGAAUUACCGCGGGAAAUUAUGUUAAAGCGAGCAGUGAUCAAUGUACGAUUCAAUGAAAAUGCGUGUUUCGCGUGGUCGGUGGUCGCGGCUCUGCAUCCGGCUGAAAGGAAUACAAAUCAGGAAUUAUCGUACCCGCAUUAUACGGUGUUAAAUUUGCAAGACAUUACGUUUCCGAUGACGUUGAACCAAAUUAAGAAGUUCGAACAUCUCAACGACAUCUCAAUCAAUGUCUAUGGUAUCAAGGAAAAGGAGAUUCUCCCGAUACGGCUGACAUCAAGAAAGAUGGAGAAGCACGCAAAUCUAUUGUAUGUGCAGGAUCCGCGCGACGACAACGCGGGGCACUUUGCGUACAUCAAAGGUCUGUCCCGUCUUGUGAGCUCGCAACUGAAUAAAUACGGACAUAAGAAAUACCUUUGCGACCGAUGUCUACAUUACUUCAGUUCGUCUGAAAGAUUGCAGUCACAUACAACGGACUGCGAAAAGAUGAACGAUUGCACUAUCCGACUGCCGAGCGAGGACGACAAGUGGCUCGAAUUCAAGAAUCACGAAUAA